UGAUGGAGGCCCGCUCGGUACCGAUCGAUACGCCCGCCGCCGAAUACCGGCUAUGGCGGCUAGCGUUGUCGCGCGUCACGCAUCCUGAGAUAAACGCUCUGUCGGGAAAGAGCGUCGCGAUCGUCGUCGCUGGUACCGCCCGGUGAUGAUAAGCGUUCGCGCGACCGUCAUCAGCGCGGGGCGUGGUGCGAGAGCGUAGCCGAGGCGGCGGCCUCCCCGCAGACGCGAAGAGCCCUGUGCGAGAGCCCUCCCUGAUCCACUCCGCGGGACACACCAAGGCUAAGGUGAUGUAGAAAAAGCUGGGACUAGCAGAUCGACUUCGCUUUCUCACGGGUAACUGCAAUAUAUAAACAGUCAAGACGGGUGACGAACAGAAAAAGAUGGUUUCUCUGUCCAGUACAGAGACCGGCGCGAUGGACCGAAUCUCAGACGACGACGAUGACGAUCCAAGUAGCGGCUCAGAGACGUACGAGGAAGGAGAUCUCCUUUCGGCUGCUAUGGACGAUGAUGUAACAGCGCAACUCGCCGCUGCAGGUUGGCAAUACAAACACAUUAAUGGACCUGUUGGUGUUGCCGCAGCAGCUGCCAUUGUGUCAGCCAAGAAACGAAAACGUCCUCACAGUUUCGAAACUAAUCCCAGUAUCAGAAAAAGACAGCAAAAUAGGCUUCUCAGGAAGCUUAGAGUAAGUAUAUUUAGACAAACUAUCGACGAGUUUGCAACACGAGUUGGACAACAGGCGGUAGUGUUAGUGGCUACUCCGGGUAAGCCAAAUAGUAGUUACAAAGUUUUCGGGGCAAAGCCAUUAGAAGACGUUGUGAAAAAUCUAAGGAACGUUAUCAUGGAGGAGUUGGAGAGCGCGUUGGCGCAACAAGCACCGCCGCCCGUACAGGACGAUCCGUCUCUAUACGAGUUACCGCCUCUGAUAAUCGACGGUAUACCAACACCGGUGGAAAAGAUGACACAGGCGCAACUUAGAGCGUUUAUUCCGCUGAUGUUGAAAUAUUCGACUGGUCGAGGUAAACCCGGCUGGGGCAGAGACAGCACGCGACCGCCUUGGUGGCCUAAAGAGCUGCCUUGGGCGAACGUGCGGAUGGAUGCGCGGUCAGAAGAUGACAAGCAAAAGAUCUCGUGGACCCACGCGUUACGGCAAAUUGUAAUAAAUUGUUAUAAAUUCCACGGAAGAGAAGAUCUUCUGCCGGCGUUCAGUGAAGAGGAUGACAAGUCGAACGUUAUGUUACAACAAUCUACACCCCAUUCUUCGUCACAUCAGUCGCAUUCGUCGAAUCAAGGACAAAGUGGACAGUCGCAACAACAGCAACAGACGGUGGGAGUUGUUCGCCUCAACAGCACGGAUUCAUCUAAGGGAAACUCUUCGCCGGCGCAAAUCAUUGCAACAUCUCCCACAACUCUUGCCACUGCCACUCAGGUGGGAGUGGAUGGAAUGACGGCCCAAUAUCCAACAGCUGUAUUGCAGACAAUAACCAAUCCGGAUGGUACAGUUUCUAUUAUACAAAUGGAUCCUAGUAAUCCAAUCAUUACGUUACCAGAUGGUACGACAGCUCAAGUUCAAGGAGUUGCUACCAUUCACACGAGUCAAGGAGAAGUGCAAACACUAGCAGAAGUGACCGGUAGCGCGGAAGGUGCUAGUGUAGCCGUUGAUCUGAAUAGCGUUACAGAAGCAACGUUAAGUCAAGACGGCCAAAUCAUCCUUACCGGGGAAGACGGACACGGAUAUCCUGUCUCGGUAUCGGGAGUGAUCACCGUACCGGUGUCUGCCGGUAUGUAUCAAACUAUGGUGGCCAAUAUUCAGAGCGAUGGCACGAUGCAGGUCGUCGCGCCAAUGGUUCAGGUGCCCAAGGUCGAGCCUGGCAACGGCGAGACCAUCGAGGCAGUCACUAUACAGGGCCAUCCUAUGACCAUGAUUAACGCCGCCGGGGAACACCAGGUACUCCAAGUGAUAUCUCUGAAGGACGCCAAUGUUCUGACGAAGGCUAUUCAGGCCGAGGUUGUUAAGGACGAGGAUAGUCAACCGCAACAAACUGUGUCUAGCCCAGAAUAAAAAAAGAACGAGUGAGAGUGAGAGCGAAAGAGAGAGAGAGAGAGAGAGAUAAUAUUAAGUGUGUGCGUCUAGUUAAUACAAAGUCACUUCGUAUAUCCUUGAAUGCAACGUUUUCGCAUCAUUAUGAAAGAGAUGUACGGAAGUAAUGAAGAAUAAUAACGUGUGAAAGAAUUAGUAACGAUUGGUGUUUUGUUCUUUCUCUUGGAGUUACUGUAUAGUAAGACCUACUCUGACUGCGGAUCAUCGAAAACUGAGAACAGUUCCGUCUGAAAGUGAGAAAGAGAGAGUGAAUGAGUGCGUCGAUCGAUCGGAUUAAGAUUACCCGUCUUUGUACUCGAAGUUUAUUAUAGGCGCUUGAGGGUAUUCACUACUUGCAAUUCGACUUCUCAGACGUAGUAUUAAUUUUGUAAGAGGUCUGCAAUUAAAGGCAACACCGACGCCUCUGCGGUUUCCGCACAGUUCGCCGGAAUGCAUAUAUGUAACUAUCUCGUGUCUAUUGGAAAAUGGAAAGUCAUUGAUAAUGUAUUUUCCGGUACUGUGCAAGUUAUAUUAAGGAUAUAUUUUCAUCUAGUCUUAGAGUCAGGUCAGAUCGAGGUAUACCAAAGAAAACUGAGAAAUUUAUUUUUAAUUCGACAACGUAAGAGAGAGAAAGAGAGAGAAAGAGAAGUUCAAUAUGAAAGUCUUUAUUCGGAACUUUUAUUAACUCGACGAAUUGGUCAUUUUUAUAUAGAGCUCGAUCGCUUCCACACAACAGUGGGGAAAGUAACUUAUCCAAUUUCCCCGCCUUGGGAUCUCAAUGGCCCAGUGUAUAAUUAACUUAAAAGAGAAGAAGAAACUUAAUAAAAGCACAAAGUUCCCUCAAUUCGCAAGUACGUAGGAAUACGUAGGAGUAAAGUAAGAAAAGAAAAAACUUACUGUGUUAAGUUCUCUUUCUUUACAAAGAUCUGUUGUCUGUAAAGAAACGUUGAACCUAUUUUUAUGGGUAAAGAAAUCACAUUGAGAUAAUUUUCUUUUUUAUUGCAAAAAUAUGCGAUCGUGUAUAUAUAUAUAUAUACACAGAGUGUCCAAUAUCGUAAGAUCUGUUAACGGCAAAUUUUUAAUGACAAACCCAGAUGAAAAUCCUAAUAAGAGUUUAUAGGAUUAGAAAAUCCUAAUAAGUUUAUAGGAUUUACAAAGAAAAUGUCGAAAAUAAAGUUAAAAUAAGAGAUUUUCAAGUGAGAAACCUUCGAGAAUAAUAGUGUAAUCCAGUGAUAAAAAAAUUUACGCACUCAGAUACGAUUGAUCGAACCGUACUGAAAGUAUGUCUUGGCACCUCAAUUAUUUCUACUAAUAUUAAUAUCAUUUUAGAUAUAACGUCAUCAACAUUUUUCCGUGUAUUUGACUUAUUCAUCAUGUGAAUAACUUUUCCAUUGCAAUUUGUAGUAAAAUGUCAAAAGCUAUCAAAUAAUCGGCAAUAAACCGUGUCUGAGCGCCAAUUUUUGUCAAUCUGAUUGGUCUUCUUUAAAAACAUCUCAUAUAGGAUGCGUUUUGAAAUUACUGUCAGUAUUGAAAAUUUACAGUAUAUGUGACAUGAACUAUACAUUUUCAAUACUGGCAGUAAAUAUCGGAACACAGCCUUAACAACUAUUAUAUUUCGACACUUUUUCGCGCAACAUAUUGUGAUCUUCAACUCAAAAUGUCCUCAAGUAUCUGCCAUUAACAGGUGUCGCAAUAAUGUUGGAACACUCUGUGUAUAUGUAUGUGUAUAUGUAUAUAUAUACAUAUAUGCAUACAUACAUACAUACAUCACUUACAUAUGUGUGUAUGUGCGUACAUAAAGGGUCGAUAAUAGAAGUAACAACAAAAAAAAGAGUUAAGCAUUUCUGAUGGGUACAAAUAGGAUAUAAGCUGUCUUUUCAAGGAAAAACAGAAUAUACGGAUUUGGAAAUUUCAAAACACACGCAAACGAACGAAGCGUGUAUACAGUCUUAUUUUACGAAUAAAUCAUAUUGCACUACUUAUAUACUUGCUUCGAUUAGGAUGAUCGAGUAAAAACGCGUCGCAUGAUCGUCGCAUAUCAACGCGAUGAGAAAAAGAAAAAAAAUUAAUGACUACAGUACAGAACAAGGCAGUGUUCAUUCAUCGCUUUGAUUCAUUCAUACACACGCACUAAUUAAUGUUGAAAAUGACGAAUGAACUCUCUGCGCUCUGUAUGUUAUAUUUCUACGAGAGAUUAUGUAACGUUUCCAAUCUUGAAAAUUAUGCCGUAGCUACAUGUAUGCACUAAUUUUCUAAAGAGGAGGAUAGUACACGAUUAUAAAAAUCAGGAUUUGAAUAUUGUCCUUCAUUCCAUUCGAAGGUAAUCAAAAAAAAAGCAAAAAAAAAGAAAGAAAUGUAAUCGAUUCUAUUUUACAUUGAAUAGUAUCGGACUGUGUAUCGUGGCAUUUAAAAAUCCAAUGAUCCAUUUUGAUAUAAUAUAUCUAAAACGGAAAGUGUAUUUUUUGUGUGCAAUCUUGUUUCAAUGUUGCGCUGCCGAAUGAUAUGAAAAGAAAGACAUGAUCAUGUGUUUUUCCCUCUCGAUGUGUCGUUCGUCUUUCGUAGUACGCGAUCUCUCCUCCAUCGUGGAGACCGUUCCGGGACUAAUCGGAACGAUUUUAACGGUGAUGUUUGUUCGUUCAACUGUUCAGCAUCACCAUUGCAAUGAUCUGACGGUAAAUUAGGUUUUCAUAAAUGUGUACAGUAAACACACCUGUCUCCGAAGGACGUAACAUUGAAACAACAAACUGCCCCCUAAGAAAAACCAUGUGUAAUAAUACCAAAGAGGUUUUUAUAAUAUUAUAGAGGGAAAUAGUGUGUUGAGAUUAGAGAUAAAUACUAUUAAAACGUAUCAUAAUGACUAGAUACUACUUGUUGCGUCGUUUUUUUAAGACCAAGGCCACUACAUUAAUUAUGUAAUAUAUCGGUACACACGUGUAAAAUAAACAAGUUAUAUUUUCCCUUUGUUGUUUGUAAGAAAGCACACGGAGCAUAAAAUUAAGUUGGAUGUCAUUCGAAAAGAAGAAAAAACGACAAAAAAAUGUGUAUUACGAUUUUAGAUAAUUAUAGACGUAUGUGUAUAUGA